AAACUUCAUUUCAUCACUAACAUGUACUCAAGAUCAUCGCAAAGAAGGCUUUACAGGGAUCCACCACAGAUCUGUUAAGGCUGGUUGAUUUUGUUUCAACCCCCAAAUCUUCCCGUUUUUCCUGCUUGGUGCCCAUCUUUCACGCGACGCUUAAAUCAAUUCAAGUACCAAACUACAUCAAUCCUAAGACUAUUCCUACCAUCAGUACGCGCGAAGUGGGCUCUCAUGGGACUGCUGAAGGUUUCUACGGUCACCUCUUCAGCUUUUGAUGGCGAGGACGACGCCGUGACAAAGUAUAUUGUGAGGAGGUGGGAUGAAGUAUACCCGUGGAUGCGGUUCUUCGCUCGAAAUUGCCUCCCCCCUCCUUAUGAUGUCUCAGUUACUCCUCCACGCCCAGAUCUUUGCAGUGUCUUCGACGCUGUAAAAUUGUGCGUCACUCCGCUUUCAUUAAUCUGCACCAAAUCGGAAGAAGGGCGUCACUUGCUCCGUUCUUCUGUUUCUGUCCAGCACUUUGUCGCGCAGUUAUGGAUAUUGGUUGGAAAUCUUAGGGGAGAUGUACUCCCAGGCGACCCCGGAACUACAACUGAUGGCCUUGUUUCGAUGCUCCGGGCAUCUUUUCCGCUAACAAACCAAGUUUGCGUAUCUGAAUCUGAAGAUCCAGACAAAAUCACCCUUCCAUUAUCGAAUUAUAUAUAUGCUGCCGGAGGGGUGAAGCCCGUUGUCUUCACCCUCCUCAGAUACAUCCGUCGGAUCACCAGAGAUGUUACUGCAGUAGAAGAACCUCGAUCGUGGACGACGUGCAAUCGGAGCGUACAACAACUUCAUUUCUAUACGGUUGGUCUCCACUAUUCCUUCCAGUUUAUCCAGACUAUCAGUCGCCAAGAUGCUUCAUGCCGUGCGCAACUUAUCCGCCAAGGUUCGAUUCGUACGGUGGUGGAUGCAAUUACGCAGAUCUUACCGAGGAUCUUAGUGCAAAAAAACAAGGAAUUGGAUUUUCAUCCAGAGAUGGGACUCGCGGGUAGGCAGAACGUUCUGUGGUCGGGGUACUCGUACAUCGCAUCCGCUAUUCGCGAUGCAGAUGACGGAGUAGCAGCCGUAUGCCAGGCAAUCGAUGCUGGCCUCCUUCAAACGCUGGAAAAGGGGGUUGUUUGCCCGCCUCACGCCAGCGGUUGCGAUCACCCAGCCCGUGGCCGCUUGGGUGACAUAGAGUUGCUCUUCCUUCUCGCCACAUUUUUCAUAUACCACAGGGUCGUUGAAUCUAUUUCCCGACACUGGUUUCGCGUGUCAAGUGCUCCUAUGGAAAAACGAGAGAUACGCGACAAAGGGUUGGGGGUUGCUCUCGAACUCGUCUUGACAUCUACUAUCCAUGCUAUGGACCAUCGCAGUGUAGAACCUAUAAACUUCCAUGAAUACAGGUGCAGUGGUCCAGGAGUACGUUGAUCAUCUCUAAUUGCAUUAUGUGGAUACUGAUGUGUGCUAGUGUCCGAUGUGCACAUUCAAGUUUGUCAGUAAAAAGCGUCGGUGCUCAGGCUGCUUGG